UGGGCUUCUGCAUCAUUCUUCCUCUCUGCUUAUAAUUAUGCUGCUUCUCCCGCAUCCUUAAUCAGUACUCAUCCAACUCAUCCCCGAGAAUGGCAACAGUUAUGUUUAUAAACUGUGGAUUUUCUUGGAGUAAUUCCAAGCAUGUGCUAGCCCCUCCUUCACAUUCAAUGUGUUGCUCUUUAUCAGAAAAUGAAACUCUAAGAACUAGAGUUGCUUCGGGUUUGAGAGGAGCUGACUUUGUUAACGGAGAAAAUGAGGAGCGUUCAACUUUACUGUUGAACAGAAGAACAAUUUUGGCUUCUGCGGUUUCCGUACUGGGUUUUCCGAGAGACAGUUUAGCGGCGGUGAAACAAGGUCUGCUAGCAGGAAGGAUCCCUGGUCUAUCCGAGCCUGAUGAACAAGGUUGGAGGACGUAUCGCAGGCCAGAUGAAAAGUCUGGAGGACAUGGAGUUGGAUGGAGUCCUAUCAUCCCUUACACGUUCUCGGUACCUCAAGAUUGGGAAGAGGUACCAGUAUCAAUAGCAGAUCUUGGUGGCACAGAGAUAGAUUUGAGAUUUGGAAGCUCAAGGGAAGGACGCUUGUCUGUCGUUGUUGCUCCUGUUCUGAGAUUUGCUGAUAAUCUUGGUGAAGAUGCUAAAAUAGAAAAUAUAGGCCCUCCAGAAAAAGUGAUCAAUGCGUUUGGUCCAGAAGUGAUUGGGGAUAAUGUGGAAGGGAAAGUUCUUAGUUACAAUGUCGCUGAACAUGAAGGAAGAACAUACUACCAAUUUGAACUAGAGCCUCCUCAUGUACUUAUUACAGCUACUGCAGCCGGCAACCGCCUGUACUUGUUCAAUGUGACUGGCAGUGGUCUCCAGUGGAAGAGGCAUUAUGAUGAUCUGAAGAGAAUAUCAAGUUCUUUUCGUGUUGUUUGAUUGGGAUCUUCUGUAAAUCGAGAGAUCACACGCAAGAAAGGUCUUCUUUAUCUGUGGUAUAGCGAAAAACAAUUUUGUUUGACUCCUUUAUGUGAUUGGUGCAGAGAUACUGAUUGUAGAACCGUGAUUGUGCUUAUUUACGGUAUAGCAAAAAAAAAAAAAAAAGUUAGGGUGCUUUCUUACUUCUACUUUAGGUGGGAGGUAGACUGUCUAUUUUGAGUUGACGUUGCCAGUAGUCGUGUAAAGAAAUUGCAAAAAGGAAUCUUUUGGGCUUGAUAAUGUCAAAGGAUAUUUAAACACCAGAUUUGUGGCUUUGAA